UCAAUUACGAGUUACUACUUUCAUAGCCAUGGAACACUUCUGUUUCUUGGUCAUCCUCUCACUCUCUGGCUUGGCCAUGGCCUUGCAGCUGACCAGCCCGUGCAACGCUGCGCAAGCUCAGCCGCAGCCGAUCUACGACACAGAUGGCCAUGAGCUAGCAGGCCACGACAUGUACAACAUCAUGCCGGUGGACCGCAAUUUGAGCGACCAAUGCGUCUACGUUAGCUCAUUACGGGACCCCAGAUGUCGUAUGCGUGCGAUUCUGACACCGUGCAAGAAGUUUGGCAGGAAUCCAGAUGGGUAUGUUUCGAUCAAGCUGGCCGAGGGGAGCUCCAACUCCAGCAAGGAGGCGUCACCCCAGCUCUCGACCGACGUCGUGAUCGAGUUUCCCGGCAUAAUCACCUGGUGCAUGCAUCGUCUCCAGUGGUACGUCCAUGGAGGGAUCACUAACCAGACGCACGUGACCGUCGGCCGCCCCAGAGGGAUGGAGGGGUGCCAAGCGCCGGCAGGCACAUGCAAGGAACAGAGUUUCCUAUUCCGCGUCGAGAAGCACGGCACCGGGUACAAGCUGACGUCGUGCUUCCAUGCGCCGUGCCGCGAUCUUGUGCUGUUCGACUACGAUGGACGCAGGUGGCUGACCGUAGAGAAAGAUGGGCACGAGCCUCUGGUGGUCGUGUUCAAGAAGUUCCAUCUCGCCAGCUUGCCUCCUGCGAGUGCUCCCCAACUAGGCUAGUGUCUAUGCUACUAUGUAUGUGUACUUGCUUAACCGUUCAAUGCGAGGAAUAAAUUUCUAGU